AUGGAGAGAUAUGAGGUCGAAGACCUGAACGGCUUAAAUAUCAUCCAUGUUGCAGGGACAAAGGGGAAAGGGAGCACCUGUGCAUUCGUCGCAUCGUUCCUCAAGGCUCAUGGAGACAAGACCGGGUUCCCGCGAAAAGUCGGCCUAUACACAUCGCCGCACAUAGACAACAUACGCGAGAGGAUUCGCAUCAACGGCGAGCCGAUAUCCCAGGAUAUUUUCACCAGCAGGUUUUUCGAGGUGUGGGAGAAGCUGCCUGGCAAAGCAACAGACCUGCUAGAUAUUCCCCGGUAUCUCCAGCUUCUAGCACUUCUGUCUGUCCAUGUCUUCGUUACAGAGAAGGUUGAUGCGGCGAUCUAUGAAACCCAUCUUGGUGGGGAAUUCGAUGCAACGAAUAUUAUUAGCGCGCCGAUUGCAACUGCUAUAACGCCGAUUUCAAUGGACCACAGCCACCUACUUGGGCCAACCAUCGAAGAUAUUGCGUGGCACAAAGCGGGGAUAUUUAAGUCGGGAAGUCUGGCAUUCUCCGCUGCUCAGGAGCCAGCGGUCGAAGCCGUCCUCCGCCAGCGAGCUGCUGAAAGGGGGGCAGCACUACGGUUUAUCAGCCUUAAUAGCGAGCUUCCAGCUGACGCGGUGGCUCUGAGGCCUAGAGUACAGAAACUAAACUGUUCUUUGGCUCUUGCGGUGCUCCGUGCUUGGCUGACCGUGAAGCUACCUGAGCAAAGCAGUAUUGAUGAUGUGAUUCUCAACGGUAUAGAGAAGUUUUCCUGGCCAGGGCGAUAUCAGCAAAUUAACGAUGGCAACUAUCGGUGGUUCCUUGACGGAGCGCACACCGACUCGAGCCUCUGCUACGCAGUUGAGUGGUUUGCAGAGAGAACGCGAGAGAGCCAGGAGUGGGUAUAUUCUCAAUCCAAAGCGUACGGGAGCUACAACUACAUGCUAACUCGCAUCACCAGCAUUCCCACUCGGAUUCUGAUCUUUAGCCAUUUUUCAAAUCGAGACGGUAUAGCUCUUCUGCGUAGCAUCGCAAGGUCCUUACUCGACAACGAUAUUCAAGUACAGCACGUUAUUCUAACUUCGUACGAUGAAAUGAGAGACGGUCGAACUAGGAUUGACCGAAAUUUGACCAACCGCUUCUCUCGAGCAGUGCAAGAAAGCUAUGCCGAGUUCUGGAGAAGCUUUGAUGCAACUGCAACAGUUUCAUGCGAACGGACGAUCGAGGAAGCUUUGCAUCGAGCUAGGGCAAUGGGAGACCAGGAGAGCGGCAUGCAAGCCUUGGUGACGGGAAGCCUACAUCUGGAGCAAGUGACGACUGCUCCUUCACUGGAUGCCCGUGAUACAGCCUCUGACGAGGCCCAACAGGUCCAGGAUCAUCGGCUAGCUGCCAACAACGGGGAGAGAUGUAGCAGCUUGCAGCUGCGAGCCAGUUAA